AUGUCACAACAAGCAGGUGCCAGUAUUAGAAGGAAAUUAGUCAUUGUCGGGGACGGUGCAUGUGGUAAAACAUGUCUAUUGAUUGUUUUUUCUAAAGGUCAAUUUCCAGAAGUUUAUGUUCCAACAGUGUUUGAAAAUUACGUGGCUGAUGUCGAAGUCGAUGGACGUCGUGUGGAAUUAGCGUUAUGGGAUACUGCUGGUCAAGAAGAUUACGAUAGAUUAAGACCUUUAUCCUACCCUGAUUCUAAUGUUGUGUUAAUAUGUUUUUCUAUUGAUAUUCCAGAUUCAUUAGAAAAUGUUCAAGAAAAAUGGAUAGCUGAAGUUUUACAUUUCUGUCAAGGCGUACCAAUUAUUUUGGUUGGCUGCAAAGUUGAUUUAAGAAACGAUAACCAAGUUCUUGCUGCCUUGCAAGAGCAAGGUCAACAACCAGUAACUACAGCAGAAGGUCAAGAAGUAGCUGAUCAAAUUGGUGCUACCGGAUAUUUUGAAUGUUCUGCUAAAACUGGUUAUGGUGUUAGAGAGGUUUUUGAAGCUGCUACUCAAGCAUCUUUGUUAGGUAAGCAAAAGGCAACUGGUAAAUCAAAGGACAAGAAAACCAAAAAAAAUGGUGAAAAGAAAAAGAUGAAGAAGUGUGUUCUAUUAUAA